ACCCCACCACCUUCUCUCUUCAAUGCUGCAAUGCAAACAUUGUCCCAUAUUAGGACAGCCACACUUUUAAAGUAUCUCCAUAGAACAGGCCCAAGUCAUUUUCUUCUCCUAAAAAAUGAAGAACAGCUGGCUCCUAGCUUUUCUCCUCCUCCAAACAGUCUCAACAGAAGCAGAUUUGGGUGUUGGUGGUGGUGUGGGAGUCGGCAUUGGGGGCGGCAGUGGAGGAGGAGGAGGAGUGUGGAUCGGUGGAGGAAUAAACAGCCCAACAACCCCAUCUGGGUCCACAGUUUCAAGCACCCACAAUGCCUACUCUGCCCUCCAAGCAUGGAAAUCUGCAAUCACGGAGGACCCUUUGGGGAUAUUGACCAAUUGGGUCGGUGAAAAUGUGUGUAGCUACAAAGGGGUUUUCUGUGCAGAAACUCAAGAUGCAAUGGGUAACCCAAUUGGACAAGUGAUUGCAGGCAUAGAUCUCAACCGUGGAAACCUCAAGGGCACUUUAGUCAACCAGCUCUCUCUCCUCACAGAUCUCUCUCUCCUUCACCUCAACAGCAACAGGUUCACAGGCACAGUCCCUUACUCUUUCAAAGAUCUUUCCUCACUCACUGAGUUGGACCUGAGUAAUAACCACUUUUCUGGUCCUUUCCCAACCCCAACUCUCCUCAUUCCAAACCUCCUUUACUUAGACCUCAGGUUCAAUGACUUCUCAGGCCAAAUCCCACAAGAUCUUUUCAACAGGAAACUUGAUGCAAUUUUCCUAAACAACAACCUCUUUGAUGGGGAAAUCCCUUCAAACUUGGGGAAUUCUCCAGCUUCUGUCAUCAACCUGGCUAACAACAGGUUUUCUGGUAAUAUCCCAUUUAGUUUUGGGUACAUUGGUCCAAGAUUGAAGGAGAUUCUUUUUCUCAACAACCAGUUAACAGGCUGUGUUCCUCAGGGGGUUGGGUUGUGGCAAGACUUACAAGUCUUGGACUUGAGCCACAACUCACUGAUGGGUCAUUUGCCUGACACCAUUUCCUGUUUGGAAGAAAUCCAAGUCCUGAAUUUCGGGCACAACCAGCUAUCAGGGGUGUUGCCAGAUUUGGUUUGUUCUUUGAAGAGCCUUAUGAAUUUGACUGUUGCUUACAAUUUCUUUUCUGGGUUUGAUCAAGAAUGUGCCAAAUUGUUCUUUAGAAAUGUGGGUUUUGAUUUCUCUUUGAACUGUAUUCCUGGUAGGGAUAUGCAGAGGCCUCAGCCGGAGUGUUCAGGGAUCCCUGGAGGUGGGUUGAGUUGCCUUAGAAUUCCUGCACCCAAUCCUCCUCUUGCUUGUGGGGUAACUUUGGUUGACACUCAAGAGAAUAGUACUUCUAGCCCAUGAGAGAGAGAGAGAGAGAGGGAGAGAAAGAGAGAGAGAAUAGGGUUACUACUGUAAUACAGUUGGGUUAUUGCUGGCUCUCAUUAACUGAGAAAACUGAUGAUUCAGAGCUUCAGAAUUUAUUUUCUUGAGAGAUAGGGUUCAGUGAAUCUUGUAUGGACUAAGACAUGUGAUCAAUUGACAGAAGUUGAUCUAUCAUUAGUCAAUUUCUUGAUA